AUGCGAUUCUCCGGUUUCAUUCUUCUUGCAUGCGGUGCUUCCACUCUUGCCCAACAACUAACCGCUGGCACCAAUGCAUCACAGGGAUAUGCAAUUCCUAUGGUUGUCGCACCGGCUACGACUGCGCUUCCAACCGCUGCACGACUGCCUGCCCUGGUAUCGCAGACAGCGAUCAGUGUUGCAGCAGUCAUUGCCGUGUGGACGCGACGGCUCAGGGAGGAUUCAGAUGCCAGUCCAACACGCCACCUUGAGCAGAGAAUGCCCGGGUGA